AUGUCACUCACUAGCUGUGUGGGAAAGCUGGUAGAACGGAUGGUCAUUCAAUGGAUCCAAGAGAGACUAGAAGCUGAUAACCGUUUCGGCCAUCACCAGCAUGCCUUCCGUCCUGGCUAUGGUACCGACAAUUUUCCCCAGCUCGACCACGUUCUCCAAAAGGCUCGACACGCCGUCAUCAUUUCCUUGGAGAUUUCCAGAGCAUUUAACCGGACCUGGAUAUCGCUAGUCCUUCGGCAACUGGUCGAAUGGGGCUUUACCGGUAACAUCCUGGCGUUCAUCCGAAACAUUCUGGACCAGCGGACCUUUCACAAGCUCCAGCCUCACCAGCCCAGGAGCCUGGCCAUUACAAUCGACAGCCAGAAAAUCCCGAACCGGGAGACUAACGGAACUUGA